AUGUCGGCGUCUGAAGAGGAGGGGAAGGGACACGACAAGCACUGCUGUGUGCCAUUCUGCAAUGGAAAUGGGAGGAUCCACCCAAAUUUAUCCUUUCACCGAAUACCAAAGGCCCCAGAAAAGAGAAAGGAAUGGGUUCAAGCGAUUAGGAGAGACCCUGGUCCUCUGUUUACCAUAAGUGAUCAAACAGUUGUCUGCUCUCGCCAUUUUAAAAAGGAAGAUAUUAAAUGGACUCCAGUGAGGACAACUUUGAAACCUGGAUCUGUACCGUCAGUUUUCUCCUGGAAGGCGGAUACCAACAGUCGACGACCAAUAGUUAAACACACCCUUCCAGAGAAAAGACCAAAGCAGGAAUUUGAAGAUCAUGUUUUAAGACCUGAGGAAAUGGAUUCUACUCCAUUGUUAAUUGAGGAUGGUUCUCCUCCUCCUGAUGAAAUACAUGAAAAGAAUGAGAGAAUCCAAGAACUAGAAAGGUUAUUGCAGAAGAAGGAUGAUGAAAUAAAGAAUCUACAACAGAAGAUUGAGGUUGAAGUGUGGUCUAAUGGCACAAGAUUUAGGAGUCAGAUUCAAUUGUCAUGUUUCUACUGUUAG